GCGCACAGAGACCAGUGUCUAAAAACAGAAUGCCAUCGUAUUAAUCAUUCAUGUUGAAAGAUACAGCUCUCAGACUCAACACUGUUCUCGCCCUCUCUGUGCAGAUGUAAUGAAAAGCAAAAUUGUAACCAUGAGGCCAAUUAAUGAACAAAGAGAGCUUCAGUUAGUGGGAUCAAGUCAUAGGAUCGGACAGCCCGGCACACCCAUUUUCACAACUAGAAGAUCACGUUUGUCUUUCUGAUGUGUCCUGUUCUAAAGCUGGUGGAUCUUUUUCUAACGCUGGCACAGUGUAGCCCUGUCUCCAGAGUGCCUUUGCCUAUCGCUCUGUCCCUGUUAGGAGCUAAAGAGUUUAAUGCUGGAAGAGAACUUCUUUCCUAAAUGUUUUGAGAGGAGGAGUUGGUAUUGAAUGUUGAUUCCUCCCCAUUCUGUGCCUCCUACAUCUGCGGCAGACAAUAUGGAACGAUGGAGGAUGAAGUGCUAAAUUGUGUAGUCUAGACAAUGCGAGCCAGAGAAGCAGAUCAGAAGAGAGGUCAGCGUGGGCUGACAGUGCUAACGCAGGCCUCUGUGUGUGGCACAGAUGGGACUUGAGUUCAUACUUGAAGCAGAAGAUUCUGGAGAAGUCGACAAGGAGUGGGAGUGAGCAAAGGAGAGGAAAGAUUUCACUCUUUCGAUCGCCACCCUCCUUCUCAGGAGUGCGCAUCCCCUUGCCCUUUCUGGCCACCAUAUGUGAGGCAGGAUCAGGCAGUGGGAAGCCUGGUGCAUCCUGACUCUCCCCCCUCUAGUCUGUCAUCUGAGGGCCCUGGGGGCUGAUGUCCACGUGGGUAACACAGAAGCAGCACCACCCAGCUUUUCAUUUUUGUUUUUGUGAGGAUUGAGGGAAUGGAUGUGAACACCAUGAAGUGCACAGUAGGCACUCAGUAAACGUUAGCUGAAUCCAGAGUCAUUUCUUCAGGAAGGAGUAGAUCCUGAAGUACAGGUUGUGAAGUCACGUGGGAUUCCUGUGGUGGCCGAUGGCACCCUGGAUAGAGGUGCGAAAUGGCCACAUCAAAAGGAUCACUGAUAACGACAUCCAGUCCCUGGUGCUGGAGAUUGAAGGGACAAAUGUCAGCACCACUUAUAUCACAUGCCCUGCAGACCCUAAGAAGACACUGGGAAUUAAACUUCCUUUCCUUGUCAUGAUUAUCAAGAACCUGAAGAAAUAUUUCACCUUUGAAGUUCAGGUGCUAGAUGACAAGAAUGUGCGCCGGCGGUUUCGGGCGAGUAACUACCAGAGCACCACCCGGGUGAAGCCCUUCAUCUGCACCAUGCCCAUGCGGCUGGACGACGGCUGGAACCAGAUCCAGUUCAACUUGUCCGAUUUCACCCGGCGAGCCUAUGGCACGAAUUACAUCGAGACGCUGAGGGUGCAGAUCCACGCCAACUGUCGCAUCCGGCGGGUCUACUUCUCCGACAGGCUGUACUCAGAAGAUGAGCUGCCAGCAGAGUUCAAACUAUAUCUUCCAGUGCAGAACAAGGCAAAGCAAUAACUGAAAUACAACUCAAGGGAAAGAGCCUGAAUGUGAUCUUUGGUUUAUAAAGGAAACGAUCUGGAGGACAAUGCAAAACCAUAUUUAUAUUAAUCCCCUGUGCUGUGAUUGCUUUAUUUACUACUUGGUCCCCUUGUGUGGAUCCCAGCGACCACGUGACUGCGGUGUACGUACAGUGGUGCGGGGCACCGUGAAGUGCACGCGACUGCGGCCCACCCCAGCGUUGUGGAAGAUAACUCGGCGUGCAGCACAGGGUAAAGGUGUCCCGUGUGGCAGUUUCAGACCAGUUGCUCUUCCUGUGGCCCAGGCUUGGUUUUGUAGUCCCCGCAUCUAUGUACACGCUGUGUAAGACUCAUCGUCUGGAGAGGAAUAAAAUGCUAUAUUCUUGGUUUGUAA